AUCAUAUGAACAUUUCUGGCAGGUGCUUUUUGCCUCCAUGGUUGAGGCAGGACUCACAGGAGGAGAAUUCGGAAAGUUAUGAGUUGGAUAAUGGAAGCAUCUUAUUAGAGGAUCUGAUUGCCUCUUGUGAUGGAAAAUCUAAUCCCAUUCGCCAUUACUCUGCUGAUGAACUCAUCACGGCAACCAACAACUUUGACCUUGUUAACCUUAUCGGAAAGAAUGGAAUUUACAAAAUGUUCAGAGGAAUUCUCGAAAACAGAGAUGUUAUCAUUAAGAAGAUAGAGACUAGGGAUCUUGCUAUUCGUGACAUUAUCAUAUCAAUGCAGAUGAGUAGUCACAAAAAUGUGUUGAAACUAUUGGGGUGCUGCUUAGAGUUCCGUGUACCAGCACUAGUGCACGAAGAUGCAGCGAAAGGAGUUCUCAAUGCUAACGGAUGUUAUUGGGAUAAUGAGUGCCUCCCAUGGGGAACUAGACUACGUAUUGCAAAGCAGGUUGCUAAUGCAAUCACAUAUCUCCAUACAGCCUUUCCCAGACCCAUUAUUCAUCGAGGCCUAAAGCCUUCAUGCAUUGCCUUGAACAGUGACUUUGUUCCUAAAAUAUGUCACUUCUCGCUUUCCAUAACCAUUCCUCCUGAGCAAUCGUAUGUCGAAGACGAGGUGGCUGGGUCAUAUGGAUACCUUGACCCUACGUAUUAUGCAUCUAAUAUCAUUACAGAAAAGACUGAUAUUUAUAGCCUCGGUGUCACUUUACUUGUUUUCUUGACGGGUCAAAAUGGACUGCAACAAUUUCGGGAUACAGAAGGGGAGUCGAACAUUGUGUCUUAUGCAGAGUUACAUGCUUCCACUGACCAGUUUAAGACGAUUGUGGAUCCUAAAAUAUUAGAGGAGUUAGAAGGAGAAGAUAAUAAGCAAGCACAGGAACAACAGUUGCAUGAUUUCUUAACACUGGCAUUGAUAUGCACUCAAGGCAACGUUGACGCAAGGCCAGAUAUGAUCGAUGUGGCCAAGGAACUUGUACGAAUUGAGAAGUCUUUUAUAUCUUGUUAGCUACUAUUUCCUUUACAUUUGUAUUCAAAAGAGACUAUUCGA